GGCGACGGGCGGCGCCAUCCACAGCACACGUCGGAGCGUCGGAGGAGAAGCCGAGGCGGGGAGGGGGGGGGGGCUGCGUCGUCGUCGUCGUCGCGCAGGCAUGGAGGGCGAGAGGGCUGCGGCGGUGGUGCGGCGGCUGAUGGCGGCGAAGGCGGAGAGCGGGAAGAGCUUCUCGGACAUCGCGGCCGAGACGGGGCUCACCAACGUGUACGUGGCGCAGCUUCUGCGGCGGCAGGCGCAGCUCAAGCCCGACACGGCGCCGGCGCUGCGGGCGGCUGUGCCGGGGCUCACCGACGACCUCGUCGCGCUCAUGAUGCAGCCGCCGUUCCGGUCCUACCACCCGGACAUCAUCCACGAGCCCGCCGUAUACAGAUUGAACGAAGCUGUUAUGCAUUUUGGAGAGAGCAUCAAGGAAAUUAUCAAUGAGGAGUUUGGCGACGGAAUCAUGUCAGCUAUUGACUUCUACUGUUCAGUUGACAAGGUACAGGGUGCUGAUGGAAAAGAUCGUGUGGUGGUCACUUUUGAUGGGAAAUAUCUUCCUUACAGUGAGCAGAGAUCUGAGCAUAUGAUGUCUAGGCUGAAUCGCAGGACAUCUUGAGAUGACUGGUGUUGGGACAAACAUGAUGUAUCAUCUGCUUCUGCUUGUGGAUGGGAAAGUGCCGAGCAUGUUUUUACUCGCAAUAACCGAUGAAAUAAAAGUAUUGAUGUAUACAUGAAUAAAUUGUUUAAGUCGGGAUACAGUUUGUUGUCACCUUUACUACUUCUAUCAUUGAAUAAAGUUAAUAAACAACA